AAUGUUUCAAUGGGAUCACCUGUUGGUUUGGGUUAUUAGAGAAAACGUGUGUGGCUUCAAAAAGGACUGUUUAUUAACGUAGAAGUACUACACUUAUGAACAAUCAGUUAGUUGGAUGUAUAGGAGCUGAAAGGGAAGCCUGUUUUGCAAGUUUUUUUUCUUUUGCUUAUUUAGUGCGAAAUAUAUUUUUGUGUAAAAAGAGCACAAUGGCUGCCAAAGCCAUCAUCGCUUGGUUUGUCUCUCUGCACAUCAUAUUAUUAAUAUUAGCCACCAAUCUGUGCCAAACACUGUCGCCGCCGACGCUGGCCUACUAUACGGAUAACAACCAAUUGGACCAAACCAUUGCAUACAAAUAUUUGCCGACAAAAGAUAGGAACGAAAUGCAAACCGAAAUACUUAGUCUACUGGGUCUUCAUCACCGGCCGAAGCCUAGACAACCCGUUAAAGACAAUUCAGCGCCAAAAUAUCUGAUAGACUUAUAUAAAUCAUUGCUGGAUAAAGACAGCGGUAACUUAAAAAUCGGUAACAAUUAUAAAGAGCCGGUAGUUCUCGAGGGAGAAAUGCUAAGCAAUAAUAGUUUGCAUGCAAUCAACGAUUCAGAUAUUAUCAUGAGUUUUAUCAACCAAAUUGACCGCAAGCUUCGCCACCACUCGUCUCGCCAUCACUACAACAACAAUAACAAGAACCGAUACUUUUGGUUCGAUCUGAGCCAAGUAUCAGCUGGCGAUGAAAGCCUAUUGGAUGCCGAGAUGCGUGUGUUUCGGGAUCUGUCCAAAAGUCGACUACCCGUUAACCAAACCUAUCGAUUGACUUUGUAUGCUCUAUCGUCCCGGUCUGAUGAUGACAACGACGACACACAAGAUAGGCUAUUAAAUUACGUGAGCGAUCAGUUGAUCACGUUUGAAGACGGAUGGAUUACAUUCAAUGUUACCGAUCCUAUGAUCACAUGGAUUGCAUUUCCCAAACAAAAUCUUGGACUGUAUUUAAGGGUCACAUCCGAUCAUUUGGAUCGCGACAUUGAUCCCAAUGAGAUCGGCAUAAUCAGUGGUAAGUCAGCCAAACACGUACAGGCCUUUACCAUUGCCUACUUCAAGAACUUGGCCGCAGUGUUCGGUUCGGUACGUAAACGUCGCGACACAUCCACGACCUCCGACGCCAAACCUGUACUGCGAAGAACCAAAAAGAGAAGCGAUGUGUCCUACUAUGAACACGACGAAUGGAAUCCAUAUCUUAAUCCCAGUGAUCGAUAUGCUUCCGGAAGAAGUUGCCAAAAACGGACACUUUAUGUAUCGUUUCGAGACCUCGGAUGGCAGGAUUGGAUUAUAGCACCUGACGGUUACGCUGCCUUCUUCUGCGACGGUGAAUGCAGUUUCCCAUUGAAUGCACACAUGAAUGCCACAAAUCAUGCCAUUGUCCAGACUCUGGUCCAUCUAAUGAAUCCAUACAAUGUUCCUAAGCCUUGCUGUGCGCCCACUAAACUGUCGGCAAUUAUGGUCUUAUAUUUUGACGACAACUCCAAUGUUAUACUGAAAAAGUACAAGAAUAUGGUCGUCAAGUCCUGUGGUUGUCAUUAAGGCUGCGUUUAUUGACAAUCACUUUAAACAAACAACAAAAAUGUUUUCAUAUAUUUUAUAUAUAUAUA